ACAUGAACCUGUCACAUUCUGUUCUUACUAGCAUUCUCAUACACAGAAAUUAAUUCUACAACUAUAAAUCCAUCAUAUUCUUGUUUUUGAGGAUUGAAAGAGAGUCAUUUUCAUGGUCUUGUCCUCUCUUCUUCCUUAGGAGGAAGGGAAAUACUAUGUAGGUACUUAUUGUAUUGAGGAAAAUGGGGUCUAUAGGAAACCCAAAACCCUGGGUGCCAUACAUGAACAGCAGAGACUGUUCUCAGGGCUUCUGCAGCAUCUACUGCCCUCAAUGGUGCUACAUCAUCUUCCCUCCUCCACCUCCUCUAGAAUUUCCUGAGGAUGAUUCUAGCCCAAGUCUCUCUCCUCUUACUAUUGCCAUCAUCGGCAUCUUAGCCAGUGUUUUUCUUCUAGUAAGUUACUACGCAAUUAUAUCCAAAUACUGUGGCACUGUGGACUCCUCAAGAAGAAGAGAAAGCCACCAACAGAUUGAAGAAACACAUGACAAUCACGACCCAUCUCUCCACGAGCCAUGGCAGACAAGGACAACCGGCUUGGAUGAGGCUCUGAUCAAGUCCAUUACGGUUUGCAAGUACAAGAGUGGAGAUGGGUUGAUUGGAGAAACAGAUUGCUCUGUUUGUCUCAGUGAAUUCCAAGAAGAUGAGAGCAUAAGACUCCUCCCAAAAUGUAGCCAUGCUUUUCAUGUUCAUUGCAUUGAUACAUGGCUUAAAUCUCACUCCAAUUGCCCUUUGUGUCGUGCCAACAUAAUCUUCAUCACUUCUUCACCCCUUCAAUUGCCUCCUCCGGCAACAGAAACUCCUCCGGUGAAUGAAUCUUCCAGCCAUAAUAUUGGAAAUGCAGCCGCCAACACAGAAAGGGGUCCGGAGGCGGAAAGGGUACUACAAAAUGAGGCGAACAUCGAAACGCCGAAAAGCCCAUUUCGUGGUUUUAGAGAUUCAGGGGACUUCGAGACUCGGGACACCAUAAUCGAAAUUAGAGAUGAAGGGUAUCCACGGAUGAGAAGAUCGGUUUCCAUGGAUCAUUGCUGGCUUUCCAUUUCCGAUGUUCUACAGAUAAAUCAAGUUGAAGACGACGGAGUAGGGGGUGCUGGACCGUCGAAACAAUCAUCGGAGGCGGGCAAGUCCAGCUACAGAAAGAGAAUAAAGAGAUCUUUCUCGAGUGGGAGAUUCUUCAUCACCAGGCAAGGAAGACUCAGAGACACAAUGAUUCCUCUCUGACUCUGAUGGAACCAAGAAAUAAAAAUAAAAAACAAAAUACUAUUAGUAUUUUUUUUUUCUUUUAUAAUUACAUGUAAAAUUUGAAAAAUGAUUUUUGGAGAGCUUUUGUGUAAAUUUUUUUUUUUCAUGUCAUUAAUGGGCUAUUUUUAGGUUAGUAGAUGGAUAAUACUAUAUGCAUUAAUUUAUUUAAUUAAAUUUAAAUUUUUAA